AUGGGGCAUCCUGCAAGUAAUGAGCGGCUGGAGUUCAUCGACGUGAGGUCGACUGCGGAAACGGCCUACCUGGCACUCGAUGGUCUCUUUGCUACCGGUUCUCGCCAUGAUGGUGUGGCGAUUGCUGAGCAAAUGAAGGGACUGAUGGUUGACAUGCAGAAGAAAGGCUGGAAAAUUGGAGCUAUGGUCACCGAUAAUGUGGGGUCAGUGCGGCCGGGCGCGACGGAUUUUGAGCCUCAGGUGGCCUACUAUCGCUGUUGUCAUCUGUUUUGCACAUGA